UGAUAAAGGAGUGGUCAGACCCGGUAACUGCACCCACCCGUCUACGCCACGGAGAGCAGGCUAGCAAAUACGCAUGCGCAGCGCAUACGCUGCUUUCUACGAAGUUUCUGGAUAUCUGGGCGCAACGCAAAAUAUUGAUUACAUUUGACCAGUCUGAGACUCCCCCUAAUUGGAGUGAGCGCAUCGUUCUGCUGUAAAGAUGUCGGUGUCUUCGCUCUACCUCAAUCAAGACAACAUGGUGCGCUUCAAGAGGAGAAAAGCACGUUUCUCUUUCAGUGAAGUGCACAUCCUGCUGGACGAAGUGCGAAAGAAUCGUCACAUUGUUGUGGGUAAGUUUAACGCAGGCGUUCCCUCUGAUGUGAAGCGCAGGAAAUGGGCAGAGAUCACGGCGCGUGUUAAUGAGAUUGGAGAGUGUGACAGAGAGAUCAUGGAGGUGAUCAAAAAAUGGUCCGAUCUUAAAUGCGACACAAAGCGCAAACUGGCUGCUCUGCGGACUGGUGCUACAGUGUCCCAGCGAUUGGCACGGUCCAAUAUUGAACUGUCCCCGAUGGAAGUCAUUGUGGAAUCCAUCCUUGAACUGGACAAGAAACCGUGGGAAGCUACACAGCGGUCCAGAUCUCGCAGUCAUGAUGAACAAGAGCCUGUGUGUGAGGAUGAGGAAGAGGAGGAUGGGGGGUUUGUGGGGAUGGGGUCGGUCAACAGUUCCCCGAGCGGAGGAAUGGAUGUGGGAGGAAUCCCUGCUACUACAAGUAGAGCUGGGGGUGCAAGUGAAAUACAGUUACAGUAUGACGGAUCCAAAACUGGAGAUCCUGACUCUGAUGAAGACAACCGUGACCUCUUCCCAUCAUCCUCUAUGGCACCUGCCAGUAACUCUUACUCUGAAGAGGAUGGAAUUGCAACUAGAGGCAAUAUUGGACACGUCUCCUCCACAGCCACCACCUCUACUAAAAGACCCUCGUCUUUCUCAGGGGCGGAGCCAGACAGUUCACGUGAGCAAUUAGCACACAACGCAAGCCUUAGCGUGCAGGAGCAGCACGCCACUAACGCUCUUCUGGGCACGGUCUCCCGCUCGCUUGAGCUUCUUGCAGAGUCAGUGCAGCAGCUAGCAGAGACGCAACAGGAGUUUGCACGCGAAUCAUUGCAGCUACAGAGGGAUACCGUGCAGGUGUUGCGAGAAUUUGCCUCUGGCGCGCUAACGAUACUACACGAAAAGGUCAACGGCAAACCUGCGUUGUGAAAUUUGUGUUUAGCAAUCAAAUCAUGACUAACAAACAUCGCAAAAUGUGACCCGUUGUUGAUAAGAAACUGCAUUCGAACAUUGGUGACCAUCAGAGGGCGCAAUGUCAAGAUGUCAAAAUACUGUGAUUAAGUGCAAGGACAAAGACAAUUAUUUGAAAAGAUGCUUUUGUAGUUUUCAAAAAACUAAUAUGUUAACAUUUGUAUCGUCUCCGUAAAUCAAUAGGGCACACUUAGGGUUUUUGUUUUAGUGAUGACCACUCCAAAAAUGUUAGCUAAAACCAUGCAAAGGGAUUUUGUUUGUGCCUAUAGUAAUAUGAUCUUCCACAACAAAAUAUUACUUCUUUUUUUUUUCAUUCACAACAUCAUCACAUGAAUUGUUGAGAUUAACCUGUUGUGGGGAGAUUCACAGGACCUACUUUAUUACAUGCUUUUAUGCAACAUCUGUCGAUGUGUUAAAGAUAUAUUUCACCCAGAAAUGAAAGUUCUGUCAUCAUUUACUCGCCUUAAUGUUUUUCCAAACCUGCAUGACUUUAUUUGUUCAGCGGAACAUAAAGAUAUAAUGUUGGUAACCAUCACCGUUUUGGUGACCACUGACUUCUAUUUUAUUUGUAGCGAGUUUAUCAUCUGAAUGCUGCUGUAAGGAGUGCGUUUAAUUUACUCACGAACACGUACUUUUCAUAUUUAUUACAGCUCUGUAAGUGAAGAUACUUCUGUAAUAUUAACUAUUAACUUGCAGUCCCAUUUAAUGGUGUUUAAGGACAACUAAAACUUUUCUAAGACCAGUAUACGGUGUAAAAGAAGGCUUCUGAAUCUCAUUAAAAUAGGUCUCAUAUUUUGUCUACUAUGUGUUCAUUGAUUUAAAAAUGUGGGACAAAUGUAAAUUUUCAGGAUAUAAGUUUCUUACGUUAAAGGGUUAGUUCACCCAAAAAUGAAAAUAAUGUCAUUUAUUACCCUCAUGCCGUUCCACACCCGUAAGA